AUGUCGACCUUCUUCUACGGACAGCACCAACAGCACCACCAAGCCCCUCACCAUGGCGCCACCGCUCACCUGCAAACGUCAAAUAACCACCAUGGUGGCCGCUCCCGACGAGGCCCUAAGAUGGCAGCUCAGAACGCUCAACGUCAGUUCCGUGGUGUCAAGAGUAUGAGGGAGCUGGCCGAGGCUCCCUCGGUCACUGCUUUCCGUGCCCGCUUUGAAGCUGGACGGUCUUUUGACCUGGACGACGACCUGGAGUUCUGUCCAGGUCUCCUGACGGAGGACGACCUGCACUCAAUCCACUCUGCUUCUUCGGACCGUUCAUCUCUCUCUAGCGGCUCGCCCGACACAUCGCCGAUCCAGCAUCAAAUUCAGCCCGUUCAGCAGGUUACGCCGUCGAUUUCCUUGUCUCCCGCUUCUUCCACUACGUACCUCCACUCGGGGGUCACCGGUAAUUAUAAUCAAGCGAGCUUCCAGCAACCCUCGGCUGCUCGCGCCCGCAAAGUCAUUCCAAUCAUCAACCCCAACACCGGGAUGACCAUGACCAGCCCGCCCACUUCGAUCUCUCCGGCACAGAUGCAGAACGCUCAGCGUCGGUGGUAA